ACUAUGAGAUGGAACAACCAAACAAGACCUUCUGAAUUCAUCUUACUAGGGCUCUCCUCUAGGCCUGAGCAUCAGAAGCCUCUCUUUGUCCUAUUUCUAAUCAUCUACCUGGUCACUCUAAUGGGAAACCUGAUCAUCAUGCUGUCCAUCUAUUUAGACGUUCACCUACAGACACCCAUGUAUUUCUUUCUGAGUGUCCUGUCUUUUGUUGAUAUUUGUUAUACAACAGUUAUUAUUCCAAAGAUGCUGACAAACUUUUUAUCAGAGGCAAAAACCAUCCUCUAUAGUGAGUGCCUGAGCCAGAUGUAUUUCUUCCUGUUCUUUGGUAAUGUAGAUAGUUACCUCCUAGGGGCCAUGGCCAUUGACCGCUAUGUGGCCAUAUGCAACCCCUUUCAUUACAUCACCAUCAUGAGCUAUAAAUGCUGUGUCCUUCUACUGGUAAUCUCCUUCUUCAUCCCAUUUCUUCACUCACUCCUCCAUGUCCACUUGAUGAACCAACUCACCUUCUGUGCCUCCAGCGUUAUCCAUCACUUCUUCUGUGAUCUCAACCCAGUGCUGAAGUUGUCCUGUUCAUCUACAUUUGUCAAUGAGAUAGUGAUAAAGACAGAAGGACCAUUUGUCAUAAUGGUCCCCUUUAUGUGCAUCAUUAUUUCUUAUCUGAGAAUCUUCACCACUGUUCUGAAAAUCCCUUCAGCUGCUGGGAAGUACAAGGUCUUCUCUACCUGUGGUUCCCAUCUUACCGUGGUGAUUCUGUUUUAUGGGAGUGUUACCUAUGUCUACCUUCAGCCUCUGACCAGCAAUAACGUCAAGGACUGGAUAGCAACAGUCAUCUACACUAUAUUAACUCCCAUGUUGAACCCUUUUGUCUACAGUCUGAGAAACAAAGACAUGAAGCAGGGUUUGGGAAAGCUGAUAGGUAGGAUAAAGCCUCAAUUACGUGGGUUUUAUGCUAAAUCUUGA